GGCAUCCUGUGCGAGUUUGAGCGGCGGGGGCUCUCCUAUCACGAGGUCUGCUACGGGACGCAGGACUUCGUGUGCUGCGGUGUUCGGCUCGACUUCACAGCGGGUCGGGCUGUCCCGCAGCGCGAGCGCGGCUGGCGACUCCAUCGGGCGGUGACGGCCCUGCUGGAUCGCGGCGGCUGCACGCCGGGGGCAAUGGAGGUUCUGAUGGGCCACAUCGUGCACCACUUCAUGCUCCUGAGGCCCGCUCUCUCCGCGCUGAGCUCGCUGUAUCGCAUCGUGCACUCUUCCCACGACUACUGCAAGUUCGACGUCGAGCAACUGCGCGAGCUCAACCUCGUGAAGGCCCUGAUCCCGCUUGCCGGCGUUGAUCUCGGGGCUCCCUGGCAUCCUUGGGCGUACUGCUCGGACGCCAGCCUCUGGGGCUACGCCGUGGCCGGCUUCGCCGCGGGCGUCGCCGACGACAGCCUCUUCGCCGGCAUCGGCCAGCCGCCGCCGGGGCGAGGGGCCCCGCGGCGACACCGCCCGGCCAGGAUCGAGGUUGAGGCAGCGGCCGCCGCUGCCGGCGGCAGCGGCAUCCCGGCGCUGCCGGACGCGGCGCUCGCCGCCCACCGCUGGCAGCUCGUCGUGCGCGGCGCCUUCCUCUUCCCCGCGCCGAUCCACGUGCUGGAGGGCCGGACGACCCUCCUGGGGCUCAGGCGCGCCACUCGGUCGGCGGCCGCUCAUGGGUGCCGCGUCCUCUCCAUAGGGGACAAUCUCUCAUCCAUGAUGGCGUUCGAGAAGGGCAGGUGUGCCAACCCAGUCUUGCGCCAGCUGGCCUGCCAGUCCGCAGCCAGACAGCUCGCCACGGGGAUCCAGCACUACCACCGCUACUCGGAGAGCAAGCGGAACCCCACCGACUACGACUCCCGGGCGGCGGAUCGGUUCGAGUUGGGCGAGCCGCUGGCCACGCCGCCAGUGCCGGCGCCGCCGGCUGGGGCCGGGCCUCACCGCCUGCGGGCUCCGCCACGCAGCCGGCGUCGCGCCCGGCACGUCCUCGAGCUCUACGCUGGUUGCGCCCGCCUCACGGCCGCCUCGCUCGAUGAGGGCUUUCGGCGCUGGGCCCCCGUCGACAUCUCCAGAGGCGCUUGGCACGACCUGACCAAUAGGCCACGCCCGCGCAGGCCCAGGCCAAGCAUGCGGCCUCCGGCGCUGGCGCUGUCUCGUUCACCGUCGACCUGCUUCGACUAUGUGAUCGUUUUGGCGUAA